AUGUCUCAGCCCAACAUCACUCUCUAUACCACUCAGACUCCUAAUGGAAUCAAAAUCUCAAUUGCUCUCGAAGAGCUAGGAUUACCCUACAAAGUUGAGAAGAUCGAUAUUUCCAAAAACACACAGAAAGAGGAGUAUGUGUCCGACCUGAUGAAGUGGUUGACAACCGCCGCAUAUAUCAAGGCAACUAAAAUGCGUUGGUUCCUCGAAAUCAACCCCAAUGGCCGUAUUCCCGCGUUGACCGACACCUUCACGGAUGGUCAAACCAUCCGCCUCUUCGAGUCUGGCAGCAUUCUGCAAUACUUGGUCGAGCGAUACGAUCCCGACCAUAAAAUCUCUUAUCCCGCUGGCACUCGCGAAUACUAUGAGACCAACAACUGGCUCUUCUUCCAGAAUGCGGGCGUGGGACCUAUGCAGGGCCAAGCAAAUCACUUUGGGCGCUAUGCCCCUGAGCGCAUCGAAUAUGGUGUCAACCGUUACGUGAACGAGACCCGUCGCCUGUACAGAGUCCUCGAUGACCAUCUGGCCAAGUCAAAGUCCGGCUAUCUGGUUGGUGACCGUGCCACGAUUGCCGAUAUUUCUCAUUGGGGCUGGGUGGCCGCUGCGGGGUGGGCUGGUGUUGACAUUGAGGAGUUCCCAAACUUGAAGGCGUGGGAAGAGCGCAUGGCUGCACGCCCGGCUCUUGAGAAGGGCCGCCAUGUUCCUAGUCCUCACACCAUCAAAGAGCUGCUGAAGGAUAAGGCAGCAGUGGAGAAGAGGUGCUGCGCAAGCUCGGGAGUGGGUCCAAGCGGGUAUGAAGGCGGACGCGAAGAACAAAAUCUAAACCCCGAUUCAGUAUCGAUGCUCGUGGGAAAACUGAUGAUCAGUGAAAAUUGA